AUGAAGGAAAUCAAUUAUAAACGGGGAGAAGUGGUGGAUGUCCAAGAAGAGUUUGGCGUAAUUGAGCUCGAAGAAAACAAAAAAUACAAAGGAAAUAAACCUUUGGUUAAACCUCAUGCUGACUCAAGGGGUGUAUUUGGAGGUAAUCUUGCAGGUCAAGCAUUACUCGUGGCGAUGAAAUCAUGCGAUGCAGAAUUCAGUCCGCAUUCACUACAUUCAUAUUUUGUCCGUGCUGCUGAUCCCGAAACACCGGUAGAAUGGGAGGUGGAUAUCAUCUCAAAUGGGAAUAAUUUUGCCAAUAGAACAAUUAGAGGAGUACAAAGAGGCAAGAUUGUGUACAUUGCCAAUGUAUCUUUAACAAAGAAGAACUCAUAUGAGAAGAGUAUGAAAAAGUAUGAAGAACAUGCUGCAAAAGUGAGAGAAAAGGAAAAAGAAAAGGAAAAGAAGCGCAAGGCAAGUGAGAUACAAAAAAGGAAUGGAAAUGACACUAACGCUGAAGGUGCUAGUGACGAUGAUGAUGACGAUGAUGACGAUGAUGAUGAUGAUGAUGAUGAUGAGAGGGGUCCAGCCAAGCCAUUUGGAUUCCAAACACCAGUACACAAAUGGUUCCAAACACAUGCAGAUACUAAAGAUCUUCCAGUGCUGGCAAUUGAAUCGAACAUGUUGUCAUAUUUCAAAUUCUUUCCUGAGUUUCUCCACCUCGACCUAUCCAAGUACGAAGACGAAAUUCCUGUUGCUCAACGAAGAUUGGCAUUCUUGGUUCGUUGGGGGAUAGAUAAUGAGCAAGGGUUUGACCAACCAUUGAAGAAUGUAGAUGCAAAAUUUCAGUUUGUUGGCUUAGCAAACUUGUCCGACUCAUUGUUGUUGAAUGUAUUGCUAAGAGUAUUGAGGAUUGAAGAUGUGCAAUUGACAGAUUAUCACAAGACAUUCUUUGGAGUGAGUUUGGAUCAUGUAUUGUACAUUCACGAUGAUGAUUUUGAUGUCACGCAAUGGAUGGGCUACUGCUUCAAGGCAAUCAGAUUCAGCCAUGACAGAAUAAUAAUGGAAGGUGAGUUGUACAAUCACAAAGGCACACAUGUUGCUACCGUGAUACAAGAAGGUCUCAUUAGGUUUGAAGGCAAAGAAAGAGGAGCAAAAUUGUAG